UCGGGCGUUAAACGCCUGGUGGGUGUAGUUUAUAACCCAUUCAGGUUAGUUUGUUUCGCCCAAAAUCGAAACUCUUUACGCCGACGAAGAGUUAGGCGUCGGAUCCACGCUAUCGGUUUGGUCACGGUCCGUUCACAAUCCGCUCUCAGUCCGCGCAUAAUCCGUUCACGGUCCGAUCCCGGUCCGAUUCCGAUCAAUCACGAACAAUAUUUUCCUGGAGCAUAACUGCACUUUUCGUGUUGCAAAGCGUACGUUUUCGAAGCCUGGGAAUCGUAAGUUUUCGAGCUCAGGUACCGAAAACAAUUUUCUUUUUGCGCGGAAUCUUUCCUGACUUUCCUCGGGUCUUCCGUACCCGAUUCAAUGAUUGGCAAACCAUGAGAAGGUAAUUUAUCCUUGCUCGACGCCAUGGGGGGUGAUGGCUGCUGGGCAAUGAAUUUAUUUAUUUUAUUUAAGAUCGGCCGGUAUAAGCAGAAGCUUGGGAACGGCAGAGCAGGUUUGAAACCCCACAAGCCUCAAAUUACACAAUAACCUGUCCGAUUGAUCGAUUGUACAUGACGACCUGUUCGGUUUCUCUUAAUAAUCCGCUUUGCCUCAAGCUACUUUACAGAAUUUGUUAUGCUGAAUCAUGCGAAUACAAUUGAAUGUCCAUCAGCAUCACUUUCCAUUCAACAAAUCUCCAAAAUCUAUUAUUAAGAAGAAUUCACCAAAAAAGUAUUGAUAUAGGUGAAAGCUGUGCCUUGAACAGGCUAUUUAUCAAGUCGACAAAUUUUCCAGUUUAUCAUAUUGAGAAGAAAUUGAUCUGAAGCAAUUCUAAUAAAUGAUCGGUUCGUGUUUAGAAGUUCAAUGUUCAGAAAAACGAUUUGUCAGAUAUACUUCAAAGAUUUUCAUCGAAUCACCUAAAAGUAACAUGAAACCCGAUAAAAAUCAAUAUUUCUAUUCAAUGAACUUCCAUAUGUUAUCCGAUAUAAGAAAAAUUGAUUUCUAAGAAGAAAUAAUGAUUUUUAAUCAAUUGAAUUUUAUUUUAAUACAGAUUGAUCACCACGAAGGAAGUUGAUAAAAGACAUACUUUUAAUGGUCAUCAUUUAUCAAAUCAAAGUCCUUCAAUUCUUUACACCGUCGGGAAAUCGAUCCAACCUUAUCUUACCAAACAGUUUCGUCUCGCGAAAAGUCUGAACCUUUGACAGAAUGAUUUGCAACAGAUGCUAUCCUGUUUCAGGCUUCUCCUUGAAACUUGCACAACACUCAGUCCCGAAGGACUCGUGGAAAUGAAGUGUUUCAACGUUUCCUUAAGCAAGAUCCGCGUUACGAAUGAUACAUUAGAAAUGGUGGAAAAGUUGGCGGUAAAAGUGUUCGCUUUUCGAAAAGUUUCUUCAAAAUUACCCAGAGGGAUCACCGCGAGAAGUUUUGAACAAAGUAUGGAUGGAACCUGGCAAGAUUGCCACUGAGAUAGGAAAGUAGACAAUAUUCCUUGAUAUUAAAAAAGUAAAUAGUAAAAUAUUGUAAAUAAUAAUCCCUCUGUUUAACACGUUGAAUGCCACGGGGAUUACAGGUGACUUUUGAGAAAUUAAAUAAUUAUUAAUCAUUAAAAACUUUAGGUGCUAAAUGGUAAGGAUAUUAAUUUUUAAGUCGAUUCUUUUAAGUUUUGAUAUUUUAAUAAUAUUAACAGCAAAUUAUACAUAGAAAACAGUAGAAAAAUAUUAUUUUAUAACAAUAUUGCUAGUAUAUUAAUAACGUAAGGUAGUAAAUUGAAACCCUCACAUUUGAAAUUAAUUAUUCCUAUUCUUAUCAUUUUCACUACAGCAAUCAACGUGUUAAUAAUACUAAAAUUGUACUAUAUCCUCUUUUUUUUUUAUUUAACUAAACAAGUAUUGCAUUCUCUGUGAAAAACUUAAGAAACACUUUUUGCGUAAGUGUAACACGUUUACUGUAAUGGAAACCGUUUUAGCCAUCUUGCUCUUCAAGUGUGCCCGCUGAGACAAGUUGGCUGAUACGGACAAAAGAUGGUUGCCACACGUAUCCAUAGAGGGUUUAGCCGUUUCUUCACCGGACACCGUUAAUGGAACUCAGCACGCUUUUACGCGAGUAGAAGGAUUGAGAGACACAAUGUUACGCAAGAGCAGUUGGUCGGUAAAAGUGGGUCGUUCUCAUAAGGGAGGCUUGAUAACUUUAAAACCGAUCUUGUCGAUACUUUGCAAUUCUAUUUUCGACAUUUGACUCGAAAUUUCGAUAGAACUCGUAUCACCUAAUAUAGAAACCCUUCUAUUCCAUUACUAACGUCAAGUUGUACAGCUGCGCAAUUUAUGAUUCAAUAUUCAUUAAGCUUUUCACAGAUAUUAGCUAUAGAAAUUGACUAUAAAAGUUGAUAAGAAAAUAUAUCCGAGGAUAAUAACGAGAUUAUCUUUUAUAAACGUUGAUAAAAACUGUGAUUCUCGUCUUUUAUCGCAGACUUCAACUGACACGUUUGAUCGACUUAUCUUCGCUGUGUCUCCGAUGGGAUCAAAUAAUAAUCGAUUCGUACCAAAAAUCGACAGCAAUCAGAAUAGUAUAACGUACUGCAGAUAAAAAUUUGAAAGGUCAGUAAAAAUGUGUCCAAAAAAAAAAACAUCCCCUCCCUAUUCUAGAAAUUUUUAAAAUAUUUCCUCUGUCCGUAGAAAUAUUUUUUUUUAAGUAAUAUCGUUAUAACAUUUUGAGAAUAUUCUAGAUAAGAAAAAUAAAUUUCCAUCCCCGCCGCAUAGUCUGCGAAGGAUUGACCGAGUCUGACCGCGUCUCGUUGAAACCGCGGUCGGAUGGUUGGCAGGGCAGGGGGGUUCGGUCGUUUCCGUAUCGUAUGCGCCGCCUCGACCCCCUUCCGUGAACGACUCGGUUGACGACGACCUGUUCCUCGCCUGGGAUCAUGCAUAUUUACGUUGCGGCGUAGAACAUCGACGGCUAGCUGUUUCGUCGAGGAAUGACUCAGAGGCUCUGCACCCCUGCGACGUUCGCAGGGCGAAGGUGGACGCGGUAGGGGGUGCGAAACGUGCUGGUUCUCGCGUGCAUUGCGCAGGACGCCGGCGCCCUGGCGUCGUUGCCACCCCCCGACCGACUCGGUCGUUGUUUGCUGGCUUCACAUCGCGAACGACCGCGUACACACAGCAUCGCGAAGCUGCUGGUUACGUUUCCUUCCACGUUUUCCGCUCGUCUAUUUUAUUUCACGCGAUAAAACGAAAGUAACAUCCCUCAGCCGUCAGAUCGAACCAGUGAAUCGUUGUUGCGUAGUAAAAAUUUGAUCAGUUCGAUGAAGUAGCAGUGAACUGUUUCCUAUGAACCUGUCGUUCAACGGGUGAGAGAGUGGGGUGGUGGUUGCGGUAAAACGUUUCGCCGUGUAUACGGACCUUUUCUUCUUCUUCUUCUUCUUUUUCUCUGUCUCGUUUUUUGUUCGAGGGCAUAUCUCGAACCGGUGCAGAAGAGGCACGGGGAUCAGAAGAGGUGGAGGAUAAAAUCGAGGGUGCUCGUGAUUUCUCCGGUUGGUCUGCGUGAACGGUGACGAGGAACGUGCGGAAGUAUGCGCGUGCUAUCGAUCACGGGGGCUGAUCGCGCGGAUAUGUGAUACCGGAAGUAGGUACGGCAGGCUUGACCUGCGUAGGUCAGGUGCUCGAAGGGUGCGUAUGCGUAUAUUGGGCUGAGCAACGACAGGAACGAAGGGUGCGCGAGAGGAGCCGCGUGUCAGGGCCAGUCGUGAAGAUGCACGCCACCGACGCCGUCGCCGCGACGGCGUCCUUGCCGUCAUCCACGUCGUCCAUCGGCUUCAGGAAAUCGAACUUGGCUGCCAGACUAGUCUGCACCGUCCUCGUGUCCUGUUGGAUCGUACAGGAUCAGCUGGCCCUCGGGAUGUCCGAACCACCGGAGGUCACCACGAUCGAGGACUUAACUGGCAGAGGGACGAAGAAAUUUGGCGACCAUUGCACGGAGGAUCUUGAAUGCGGUUUCGGCGGAUCUUACUGCGAGCCAAAAAAGAGCAAAUGCGCGUGCAGGGAAGAAUUCGAGGCAACGAAUCAUAUCGACAAAUGUGGACACCCGGCGAACGUAAACGAGUCGUGUUUCUUUCACGCUCAAUGCGAGGCGAAGGUGAGCCAAACGGAAUGCAGGGACGGCCGUUGCAUCUGCAUCUUCGAGAAGAUCCCGGUUACGCAGCCCGACGGUGCGAUAGUAUGCGUUGCCGAGCAGAUAGAAGAACCGAAUCUUCAAUACAUCGACCCGACGAUGAUCGGUGUUCUUGUUGGUAUGGCCCUCAUGUUCAUCAUCAUCUGCGUCGUCCUUAGGCUUUUCAGCAAGGCUCGUUGGCGCGAAAAUCGCACCAUUUUUAAUACCCCGAAUGCCCGUUUGAUGAACGUAUCAUUGCUAAGGGAAAAUAAACUGUUGCAUCCUCAGGAGAGACGUGGCUCAAGGGCGAGCGUACGGGUACCUUCGAGGCAACCCUCGAUGGCCUCCUUACGCGCCCACUCGCCGAACGCCUCGCAAGGUGCGAAACACUCUCAGCACUCACAGCACAGAGUGAGCCGGUCACGAACAGGAUCACGACGAGGAAGUCGCGGCAGCAGUGGAAACGCAUCGGCUGCUUCGGUGAAAUCGAACAAAUCCCCGCCGAAUCAAUCGAAUAACAUGACGGAAACGGUACUGGAGAACGUCACCGUGGAAAUUCUCGAGGCGAAGGCGUAGAUUCGAUACGUCAUUGCCUGAUUUUCCUUCAACGACGGUCACGAGGACGAGUAAAACGAACGCGAUAAAUCGUCCUCGAAGCGAUUUCAACCACGUCUCAAUAUUCUAUUCCUAGAUCUAUUCCUUUAUUUUCUCUCAUUUCGAUUCAACGAUGAUCAUCAUUUUACCUUUACGUCCUGUGCUUCGAUACAAACUUUCCUGGGUCUAAUUAACUGGUACCGCUAUAAUUAAUCGUAGCCAUCCGAUCUACUAUGUCCGAGGACAGAAUGAAAGAUAAACGGUAUUCACGAAUCGUACUUAAGAUAAUCAUUGUUCCAAGUUCGACGUGAUCCAAGUCACGUUAUUAUUCCAAUUCAAUGGAGCAUCGUACGCGUGUAUGUGUCUUGUGAUUUUGAUAAAUUGCUAGGAGAGAAAGCACGAAACAUAUUUCAGAGAAAUAUUCUGAAUAUAUCGAAGAAAAAUAAUCAAGCAGCACUCUCAUCGUUUAACAAGAUUCUUUCAAUUAAUUCUCGUAGAUUCUUUAGACUCUGCAGCAUCUAAGAAAAUAAGAAAAAAGAAAAAAAAGAAGAGAAGAAUAUAAUCUUUUUCUACGAUAAAAAAAAGAGACAUCUAUCAUAGAGGCACAAUUUCUUCGUUUUUCUUUUUUCAAUAAAAUCUGGAGGCGAAACAUUAGUAACAAUGCGAAGAAAUAUAUUUUCCAAUUAAAUUUUGGAGAACUUUGCAUUGAUUUACGAUGUUUUUUCUGGACCAAAGGAUAGUGUAUUCGCAUAUCUCAUUGCUUCGAGCUAACUCUAACUGAUAAACACGUAUUUUAUAAUAACAAUACUAAGAAUUACUAUUCAAAGUCCAUACGAUCGCUUCGACGAACGGCGAUCUAUCAUCGAUCGCGAGCUAACAAUCAACCAAAUGUUCCACGAAGAUAAUCUUUCAUUCGUCGCGUUCUGUCUUUUAUCUCGAACGAUUUAAUUUCCAUCGACAAAUUCGCUGGAUAUCAUUUCGACAAUUUAAUCAUUUCAUUCGACGACUUCAAAGAAUCGACGAUGUUUGUUGGAGUUAAAAGACCGAACACCGAUGUUCUAGGGGAAUAAUAGAUAUUUUCAAGUGGUCAGCUGGUCUGAUACAAAUCCAUACGACGAAAGGUCUGCUCGAUAAGUGUGCACAAUAUUUCGGGGUUCAGACGAUUAACAGGCUAAUCGAUACUCACCGAGCCCGAUUUAAAGUACGUACGAACAAAAGAACCGAUCGUUCUUGCCAGGGAAACUGGUUAACGAGAAGCCAAAAGAAAAAUAAUUAAAAAAAAAAAAAAAAAAAAUACACGAAAGGGACCAGACGAAAGUGUUUGAACGGACAUCCCGAGGGUAACGCUGUACACGUAGCGAAUCAAUUUACGUUUAGCGCGAUAAUUAAGCAGCAUCGUAGCUUUUAUCCAUUUUACGAGCAACACGCUCGACUAACAAUUAACGAUCGCGCAUGACGGCUUAGGCAACGAGAUAGUUACACGCUCGACGAAUCGUUUCACAUCGAUUAUCGUUUCAAUGUUCAUUCGAACGCGCGUUAACCCUUUCGCUGCGAACUACGAAAAUUCAUUACAUUAACGUCGAAAUGAAUUAUUGACUUACUUCGAUCAGUGUAAUAUCUUCCUUAUUUUGCAGUGUCUCAUAGAAAGUUUCAAAGCUCCAAAAUAAUUUUAUUUUAUUUUUCAACGCUGAUCAAUUAACGCGUUAAUAAUUCGAAGCAUGAAAAUUAGAAUACAAAUUUUUCUUCGGGGCUUCAAUAAUUAUCACAGAAAAUACGUCGCAGCAAAAGGGUCGAAGACCCUGGUCACUCGGAGAACGCGACGACGCUACGUCACUGUCCAACGAAAUGGAUUUUUCGUUUUCGAAAAUCGAGUCCAAGGCAAAGGGAACAGUUCGCAAGGUAUUUAAAGUUCGUUCGAUCGAUCGAAUUCUAAUGGACAAACGAGAGAAAACGAAAUGACACAGUCGCCUCGGGGUAUUUUCAUCGUAUUGAUAAAUAAAAAAGAGUGAACGCGUUGAACAAGUUUCUACUCAAAUACCUUAUUAAAACCGCACAAGAUUUUUCUUUAUCGAAAGUUAAUGUCGAUAAGGACACACUUUACCUGUAUCUAUCCUACACAUCAAAAUCAUCUUUUCUUAAAUCAUCAUCAAAUAGUCCGGUACGAUUGUAUCUCAGCAAUUUAGUGCCUGCGCUCUCGCGUUUAAAUAGCGUUUACAUAAAGAGAUGAGAUUAAUUAAUUAUAUAUAUAUAGAUACGUAUACACGUUAUAUCAGUACAAGAAGAAAAUAAAAAAUAUAUAUAUAUACAUGAUAAUAGGCUUGGCACUAUUUGCACUGUUUGUAGAUGAAUUUUUUGGAACGCCUAGCGACCGUAUCCACUCUGUGAUCUAUGUGCAACGUACAGCUAAUAGAUUCUUCUUGCUACCGUCGUUGUUAUUAUUAAUACACUUCAAUACAUAACGAGGAUAAUCGAUAGAUAUUAAUAUCGUGUUAAGCGAAUCGCUUAAUUAUUAUCGGUGCCGCACCUAGUGUACUCUAUAUCUCUUUGCACCCAUUGUUGACCCAUUUGUAUAUCAACCUCUCAGCUGUAACAGAUAACUUAGAAAGAGUAUCUUUUUAAUAAUUAUCGCAAACAUUCAAGAUAUAGCGUGAGAAAAAAAAUCGAGUGACUUUGAAAAUAGGGAGAUAUUAAAAUAAUAAAAAAAAUAGAAAAU